UCCCAAUGACGUGCCUGACGUAGAAAGCAAAACCCGGGUCUUUUCUUCACUCGCGGUUUCAUUCUGUGCAGAGUCAAACUGAUCAGCUGUGUCAGUCAACGUGAGGCGCUUUUGUCGGGUUGAAUAGAGCGUGUUUUCGCUCUGCUGAGUUCGUCAAAUACCUGCCGGGUCUUCUCAACAACAUGGCCAGUCGAAAGCGACCGUUAGAUGCGGUAGUUUCAGGGGGUGAUGACAGAACCAACACGCCGGAGAAGAGGGUGUCCGUGUUCCAGCCGCUGGACUCGGACUACAUGCACUGGGGAGUUGAAGAAACGUGUCAGUACCUGCGAAGAGAAACACUGGAGAAAUGGGAGGAUAUAUUUAGAGCGGAAAAAAUCACCGGCAUCGGGCUGCGGUACCUCCAGGAUGCACAUCUAAAGGAGAUCGGCGUAGAAUGCCUCGGUGACCGUCUGGAGAUCAUGCACAAGCUGAGGAAGUUGCGGCAACUAGAGGCAGAGCGAAGUAAGGUCUUCAAUGAUCCUAUUCAUGGCCAUGUGGAGUUACACCCACUUCUCAUCAAAAUCAUAGACACACCACAGUUCCAGAGACUCCGAAAUAUCAAGCAGCUGGGAGGGACCUACUUUGUUUUCCCUGGAGCGUCUCACAACCGGUUUGAACACUGCAUUGGGGUGGGUUACUUGGCCGGGCGUCUUGUUCAGGCUCUGAAUGAGAGACAGCCAGAACUCCUCAUCUCUGGCAGAGACAUCCUUUGUGUGCAGAUCGCUGGUCUUUGCCAUGACCUUGGACAUGGUCCAUUUUCCCAUAUGUUUGAUGGGAUGUUCAUCCCAAAAGCACGUCCAGACAUUACAUGGAAGCAUGAGGUCGCCUCCCUUGCUAUGUUUGACUAUCUGGUGGAGGAUAACAACCUGAAGCCAAUUAUGGAGCAGCAUGGCCUGGUGCUGCCGCAGGACCUGGACUUCAUUAAAGAACAGAUUGCUGGACCUCUGAACACUACUGCUAAAAGUCAGACGUGGCAGUACAAAGGUCGAACAGAGGACAAGUCCUUCCUCUAUGAAAUUGUAGCCAACAAAAGAAAUGGCAUCGACGUGGACAAGUGGGACUACUUUGCCAGGGAUUGUUCCCAACUCGGCAUCCAAAACAACUUUGACUAUCGUCGCUUCCUCAAGUUCGCCAGGGUUUGUGAAGUGGACGGGCAAAAAAACAUCUGCACUAGAGACAAGGAGGUGGGCAACUUAUAUGACAUGUUCCAUACCAGGAACUGUCUCCACAGAAGAGCUUACCAGCACAAAGUUGGUAACAUCAUAGAAACCAUGAUCACAGAGGCCUUUUUAAAAGCAGAUGAACACAUCCAGAUUGAAGGUUCAGAAGGGAGGAUGUGCACUCUGUCCACAGCCAUCGAUGACAUGGCCGCCUACACCAAGCUGACAGAUAAUGUGUUUGAACAAAUCCUCAACUCAUCCUCUCCGGAACUGGCUGAAGCAAGGCAGAUUCUACACAACAUUGUCUGUCGACGUCUCUAUAAGUGUCUGGGCCAAACUCAGCCGGAUAAACCCAUUGAUGUCACCCAGGAACUAAUUCUUAGCUGGGAAGCUGAUUUGGCUAAGUCCAUCCCUCAAAGUGGUUCUCAAGAAGAAGUCGACCUGCAGCCAGAGGACUUUGUAGUUAGCGUUAUUACUAUGGACUAUGGGAUGAAGGACAAGGACCCCAUCAAUAACGUGCGCUUCUAUUGCAAGAAGGACCCCAACAAAGCCAUCCAGAUUCGCAAAAACCAGGUGUCCAAACUUCUUCCAGAGCAGUUUGCAGAACAGUUGAUCAGAGUUUACUCUAAGAAGACUGAUGAAAAGAGUCUGGAGGCUGCAAAGAAGCAUUUUGUCCAGUGGUGCAUGGACAAGAACUUCUCAAAGCCUCAGGAUGGAGAUAUAAUUGCACCGGAGCUCACUCCUCUGAAAGCCAGUUGGUCAAACACCAACGAUGGUGAAGGCGGCAGCUCCAGGCCAGUAAACUGUCCCACGGUCAAUGGACAAGAGAAAGUCAGACAUCAGCUCUUUAAGUAAAAAGACAAAGGAGCCUUGUUACACAGCAGCAGCAGAGACGGUGUUGAGGGAAAAUAUUUUUAUACCGUUUUUACACCAAAAAGAAAUUAUUUGAGGGUUUACAAAGAGGAGAUAUUAUUGUAUAUUCAGGGCCUGUCCUCAGGGUUUGUUUGUUUGUUUGUUUUUAUUUAAAGAUAGAGCCCCGUUUGUUGUGAUACACAUCUUCACUCUAAGUGAAAUAUUUUAAAAUAUUAUUGUAAAAUAAGCUUUACUGCUUUCUGUGUUAUUUUAUUUUAAGUUAAAUCAUAGCUUUUUACAUGAUCUAUUACUGCUGUCAUGUUUAUCAAUGCAACAAAGAAGUUAUGAUUAUUCGGUCAGUUCAUCUCUUAAAAUAAGUAUUAUGACAAUUGCAUUUGCAAGAAAAGUUACUCGGUGAACAAACAAACACAGCUCAGGUAUUGUCUUCUGACCUGAAAAUUCUUUGUAAAUUUGAUUUGAUUUUAUUUUUGAUCAAAAGAUCUUUUUGGUAUUUGAGGUAUAUUUUAUUUAUUCUUUAGACUAAAAUAACCAAACAGGCUUGUUCCUUUGUCAUCCUUACCUCAAGGUGCUUAAGGAAUAUUUUGUUUUUCAUUGAUAAUAUUUUCCUCUUAUAAACGGUAACAGUCAUCAAACCUGCCUCGUUGCCACUGCUCACUGCUGGGUUUAGUUUUUUCUAGUUGUGUUUAAAAACAUAUAUAUUUUUUGAAAGAAUAUUUAAAGUAUCUUUGAGAUUGGUGAAAACACACUUUGUACCGCAGAUAUUUUGACAUAUAAACUCUUCUCCCCAAAUGUGUUUGUGUUGUAAUUAAAGCUGUCAACAGUAGGGGGCGUCAUACACCAGGCUGACUGGAACAAUUUUAACCUCUUCACACAGCAGGUUGUUUGAUCAUAUAAAAGCAGUGUAUUUCAACUUUUAUUCAAUUAUAGGACACGAUCCUCUGUUAUCAGUGUUCAUCUCAAUAAUAGUUAAUUUAUCCAAAAGUCAAAGUGUAUUACUCUUAUCCCAAUAACCGAAAUCUUUUAUUCUCUUAAUCAAAACAGUAAUAAAAUAUGUAGUAGUAGUAGUAGUAGUAGUAGUAGUAGUAGUAGUAGUAGUCAGUUAUGUGUGCAGGGAAUUAUGGGAGUUGUUUUCAAGACUUAUUCUGAUGAACAUCCAUCAGACAUGACUCAAUCUACAGAUAAGGUAAUAUUUUUCAUCUUUUAUAAACAUUAAGUAAUGAAGUGACUGGUAAAUACUGCUGAAUUUAUAUAAAUGCCCAUUACACUGAAUAAAACAGUGGAUUUCUCUGAAUUUGGACAAAGUUUGACACUAUAUAGUGGUAAUACACAGUUCAACAAAAGUAGCAUAGUCCAGAUCAGUUUUAGACAAACUGAAAUAGUACAUGUUAACUCUGUCAUGUAAUUAUUAUCAAACUAAGUGGAAUCAUCACUCCCAAACAAAUGACAUGUCCAAUGUGAUCAUUUUGUGUGAGAUGCAUAUAUUGCAGUCAACUGUUUUCUUCAAGACAACUUUAAUGAUAAUAAAUAUAUUUUUGGCAUUGUGUCUAAAAUCCUCUCUCCAUAAAGAUAACAAGCUAACUGCAUUUUAUUUAGGAAAAGUUAACCUAAAGUAUAACUAGUGGAUGUUACACAUAGAUGGUACAAAUUAUCUGAUAAUGUAGAAAAACAUAUUAGGCAAUCCACGUAGUAAAUUUGGUUUUGUACUUUGGAGUAAUUAAUGCACACAUAGUUUUAACUGAACCUUCAGUAACACUGUGCAUGAGAGGUUUAAAAAAAGAAUCUUUAAUUUGUUCCUUUUUUUGAUGCAAUUUUGAAACAUUGAACCAGUGUUCAUUUCACUUAUCACUCAAUUUAUUUUUAUUCAUUGAGUAAAUUGAGUUAAAGUGAAUAGAAAUCAAGGUCAUUUUUCUAAUAGUACACUCCAGUCAAUAACUUUUCAAAAUAAAAUCCAACCAUUUUCUGCUCAUUUAUUUUAUUCACCUCUGAGUGAUAAAACCAUAGGAUGAGCCCUCGUUAUUUAACCAGGAAGGUUGAGUUACAGGAUGUAUGCAAACACAGCCCUGAUGUUCUGUGGACACACACACACACACUCUUCCACAUCCUGUGGCACUCAUUCCCUGUGGCAGGCGAGGAAUAUCCACCACACACACUCACACUGUGCACCAGCAGGACCAAGGCCAACUGCCUGCUAGUAUUUUUAUAAUCUUCAUCCUCCCUGACCUGUUGCUCCCCUCCUGGCGCCAGUGGUCUCAGCCCUCCCCCUGCGAUGCCUCAACCUUACACACACACACACACACACAUACACACACACAUGCUCCUGUACACUCAGCAGCCCCUCCAC